UGCAUGGAAAAGACAAUACUCAGGGAUUAAAACCAAACGUUUACCAUGGGUCGUCGCACAUUACUGACGUCAUAACUCCCCUCACCAAGAAACGUCCCUGACACGUGUGGUGGUUUUCAUCAAUUUUACCCAUGGCAGGCUCCUUUUCUCUUGAGCUUGAGGAUUUGUUGAAUCCUUUGCCUAAAUUUGCCGAUCCGGAGGAUGACCAUGACGAGACGACCAAAGCCAAAGUGGUAGAAAGAUUCAAUGAGGACGAGGAUGAAGAUGCGGUCGGCCUCAGUGCCCUGCGGAAGCACACCACAUCCCUGCUCUCAGAAACGGACAGACGGUAUCUGGGGAAGACAGUCUCUCGUAAACAGCUGCUGAUGGAUAUUGAGGCAUCUGGUGAGGAGGAGGAUGAUGAUGAGGACAGCAUAGAAGCGCUAGAAGAAGAAUCUUUGGGGGAUGAAGAUGAUGAAGAAGAACAUGAUUUAGAAGAUGAGGAGUUGGCGGGCAGUGAUGCUAAACUGGCGCCUAAGCCAAAGGGUGCAGACAUGAUCCUUCCUCAGGGAGUGGACUUCCACAAACUGACAGAGGACAUGGAUGACCUGGGUGUGAGUGAAGAUGAUGACGGUGGUGAGGAGGAGAGCGACAGCGAUGACGAAGACGGCGUGGAUGACGAAGCGGUCCUCACAUUUUCUAAAGUAAAAGUAGACAAGGAGGUCGAGAAAGGGAAGGCUGUGAAGCAACAGCUGGCCCUGUGGGACCAACUGCUCGAGGGUCGAAUCAAAAUCCAGAAAGUGCUGGUAAACGCCAACCAGCUUCCACAGACGCCGACCUUCCCAGAGUUCAAGAGGAGGGGUGGCGCCGAACUUGCGGAGGAGCUGAAAAACGCCCACAAAGCUCUGAAAGCCCUUCAGAGAUCCCUGCUGGAGCUGCACGAUCAGCUGCUGUACCAGAAUGCAGACACGAGAGCCAUCGCUCUGGGGGAGGCCGAAGCUCAGGUUGAGGAUGAGGAGAUAAACAGUGAUGAGAUGGAGGACGAAGAGGCGCCCGUCCGGCACGGUGGGGCGCCUAAACGGAAACUGGAAGUGGCAGAGUAUCCAGACUUCAUGGCCAAGCGCUUUGCCGCUUUCCAGCCUUACCGCGACGCCACGUUGCAAAAGUGGCACGAUAAAACCAGACUGAUUAUGGGCAAAGGCAGCAAGGGUUUCGGGGCGUUCGACAGAAACAUAUUGACCCAGGUGGAGCAGGUGCUGAUGGACAAUGAGAGGCUGGUGCGGCGCACCCAGACCCGACGUUCCGAAUACAGGGUCCUGGGGAAGAAGGAGGCCGCUGCUCUCACGUCUGAAACCGUCCCCGCAGAGGGCGAGGAGCUGGAGCGACAGCUGAAAGCAAACACGCAUCUAAAUGAUCUGGACGAGAACAUAUUCGACGACGAUGAUUUCUACCACCAGCUGCUCAGAGAGCUGAUUGAGCGCAGGACGAGCGCGGCGGACCCCAAUGACCAGGUCGCUAUGGGCAGGCAGUGGCUGGCCAUCCAGAAGCUGCGCAGCAAGAUCAAGAAGAAAGUAGAUACCAAAGCCAGCAAGGGGCGCAAGGUUCGAUUCCACAUCCACAGCAAGCUGGUCAAUUUCAUGGCUCCCGUGGACCACAGCUCAGUGAGUGACGAGUUUCGCAGCGAAGUGUACCGUGGCCUCUUUGGUCAGAACGCCGCAGUCAGGGAGUGAUGUGUCGGAGGUACUCGUGAGGAGCACAUACCGAAGUGCCAGGAUGUAAAACAAAGCAGUGCCUUUUUUCACAAACCUCAGAUGAUGCUGAGCAGGACAGAGGAGAGGGCCUGCUCUUUGUGCAAAUGCAUAAUGAGUUCAGUGGAUUUGAAGAAAAAAAAUUUAUGUAUAAAUGUUUCUUCUGUGAACAAGUCUCCUGAUUCAAGUAAAAUGUCUACAAUUUAUACCUUUUUUUUCUUCUCUUUUUUAUAAAUAGUGAACUGUAUAUUCUGUGCCCCAAUUCCAUACAAACUGUAUACGGUAUACUUGUCUUCGUAAUAUACUGUUUUUCUAGUUAGCAUAAAAUAAAUCAACAUGCUUCACCGCUUUGUACGUACAGUGAAUUAUGCCAUAUUUGCAUCCUAAAACAAAAAUGUAAAUAAAGCAAAAUUAAAAAUAAACGAAUAAAACACA